AGUUGACGUGUCGCUGAAGCGACCUGAGAAAGUGGGCCAUUUCCUGGAGCAGUUCCUGGUCCACGUAUUGAGAAGCUCACAUUAUAUCCUCUUUGACAGAUAAUGACAUUUGACUAUGUUUAUCCAACGGGACGUUCCCUUUCAUGUCUAAGCAAUAAACCUCGACGAYUUCCGGGAGACUGGAAACCCAGUAAACCUCGACUUUUUAUCACACGGGUGCAACAUGUCUUGGUUUACUGAUCUGGCAGGAAAAGCUGAAGACUUCCUGAAUAAGGUGGACCAAGGAGCUGCUACCGCCCUGAGCAAAAACCAAGCUGAGGGAUCCGCCUUCUCCUCGCCCUACGGAGAAGAAUCUGCCGCCACUGACUACAAUCCCGCUGCGUACAAGACGGAGAAAGCCGUGACGCACCAUGGCUACCCGUCUUCUCGCGACGCGCCCAGCUACAUCUCCGCUGCGGCCGGCARCGUCAAGAAAUCUAGCGCCACUCUCCUCGCUGGGACAGCCAACGUGCCCAGCAACCCCUCCGCUUCUGGCGUCUCGAACCCCGCCAAGACCUCGGCAGGCUUCGUGAGGCCCAAAAAGAGCGAGCAGGAUGUGGACGACGACAUGCUCUUCGACUUCCUGAACAGCUCGGACCCGCCAGACAGCGGCAGCAGCAGGAGGGAUUCGAGGAGAGAACUCGCGAAAGCUCCAGUUAUGGAAGUCCAAAGCCCGACGCCUCCGCCUUCUGUUACCCCUCAUGCCAACCUCUCGGCCCCAUCCACACCCCCUUCCACCCGUGGGGUGUCGAGGGCCUCAAGCAUGAGCUCGCUGUCGGCGCACAGCAUCAAAACCUCGGAGGAAAAUUCUGCUAAGGAGCAAAGUCAAGAUACACCCGAGAGCUCUGACUCUGGCCUGGCUCCGCCGCARGAGUCCAGCAGGCCGGAGCCCGCYKUCCCCACAGAGGAGCCGCAGAGCCAGAUCCUGUCCAGCCUGCGCCUGGAGAACCAGCUGCURCGCAACGAGGUGGCCUCCCUCAACCAAGAGAUGGCCUCGGUCAUCCAGAGGGCCAAAGACUUACAAGACGAAUUGAACCAGGCCCGCCUGCGCGCCGACAWGCGGAACUCGGAGCAGUCGCAGACCGACCGCACGCUGAGAGAACUUCGCUCGCAGGUCGACGACCUCACCGAGGCGCUCUCUGCCAAAGACGGCCAACUCGCGGUCCUCAAAGUCCGACUCGACGAAGCCGAUCAGCUGCUGAAGUCUCGCAGUUUUGCACUGGAGGAAGCGCGGAAGGAAAAGUCGAGAAUAAUGCAAGAUCACACAGAAGGCAGCAGCAUGCACUCCCAAGCUCUGGAGAAGAUACAGGAGAGGCUGCGGGAUGCGGAGCUCUCUGUCAGGAGGGAACAGGACAGCUACCGGCAGAUGCAGAGCGAGUACGCCGACCGGCUGGGGAAGCUGGAGGCCGAGCGGCAGACCCUGGCAGAGACGUUGACGGCGGCGGAGCGCCGGGCGGUGGAGGAGAAGGUCAGGGUCGACGACCUCCAGCAGCAAAUGAAAAGUGCCAAAGCGGCGGCCGAGACUGCCAAGCAGGAGCUACAAGACUACAAGCACAAGGCUUCACGCAUCCUGCAGUCCAAAGAGAAGCUAAUAAGCAGCUUGAAGGAGGGCUCGGGUCUGGACGUGGGCGACGGCGGCGGGACCAUGGCCUUGGAGAUGGAGGAACUCCGUCACGAAAAGGAGCUCCAGAGGGAAGAGAUUCAAAAGCUGCAGGGGCAAGUCGGCACGCUCCGGGCGGAAAUACAGGAUUUGGAGAACCAGGCGCUGGCAGAGGCAGAAACAUGGCGGGAGCAGCAGGUCCACCUGCAGGAGCAACAGGCCUUACAGAACCGGGCCAAGCAGGAUUUAGAAGCCGAGGUGGAGCGCUACAAGCAGGAGCUGCARUACCUUGAGGAYGAGCACCACCGGGCCAAAAUCAACCUGCAGAGCCGAAUCAAAGACAGAGAAGAUGAAAUCCAGAAACUCAGGAAUCAGCUGACCAACAAGACUCUGAGCAGCAGCAGCCAGACGGAGCUGGAGAAUCGCCUCCACCAGCUGACGGAGACGCUGAUCCAGAAGCAGACCAUGCUGGAGGCCCUGGGCACGGAGAAAAGCUCGCUGGUCUUCCAGCUGGAGCGUCUGGAGCAGCAGCUAAAGAGCGCGCAGGGAGGCCAAAGCGGGGGCUCGUCCAUCAACAUGAGCACCCUGGAGGGUCCAGGAACGCGUCAGAGAAACACACCGGUGUUGUUCAGCGAUCAGGACAGUCCAGGUGUGUACGGAAAAGUCCGGAAGGCAGCCAGCACCAUCGACCGUUUCAGCAUAAGACUGGGGAUCUUCCUGAGGCGCUACCCCAUGGCCAGGCUUUUCGUCAUCCUUUACAUGGCGGUGCUGCAUCUGUGGGUCAUGAUUGUUCUUCUAACUUACACACCAGAAAUGCACGGCAGCCCUGACGGGAGAUAGAAGACAACUGGACAUUUCUAGAUUUUCUAUGUUCCUUCAACGUAAGGAAGCUGCUGGAAAAUGGGCCCUGGGACCUGACUCUCCCUGUUUUGCACACACAAUGCUACGAACUGAAGACAUUUCUUCACAUUUAUUGUUGGUUUCUUGGGCUGAUGGCCGAGAGCUGCAUUGAGUUUUAAACUAAAUACAGAGUGGUUAUACUGUGUUGGUUUUGUUCUCUACGUUAAACUUUCUUUCCGCUGUACUCUUAAGAGAUUGUAUGUAACACUAUGUAAAAAAAUAAAAUAAAGGGUUUUAAUAAAUAUGUAAGAKGAGAAAACMUUGCGUUWUUUCCUGGAGAUCCCUAAAUUCACCCAAA